GGGGUGAUGUGAAUGCGACGGACAACUUGAAGUAGACUGCACUGCAUUGGGCCGCCGUUUGGGGAUCUGUUGCGGUUGCGGAUGUGCUUUUGCAAAAUGGAGCUUGGGUAGAGGCAGCUGAUAUAAAUGGGUAUCGGGAAUGCUAGGGACUUUCGUAUCAUUGCCAGCAACGUAAUUCGCUCCAUCGGGAUUGUGUACAAUAACGACGGUUCCAUCGUCCGAUGCUCUCAACAUGGCCGAGACGGGCCGCAAGACACCCUAAUAAAAGGGAAAGAAAGAGAUGACGAAGAAAAGUAUUCCAAGAAAUCAAAACUCAGUAUUUACUUGCGGCCAUGUAAGAUCGCGUGGAAUCUUCCUUCUACCAAUCAAGGACUGAAGCUUCAGAUCCAUGUCUGCGACAUUUCAGACGUGUCUCUGUCGCGCAUAUUUUGAGAGAGAUUCGGUUCAUGGUCGUGGUCUGGUUUUGACGAUUCAAAACCUUAUCUUUGAAUCGUCCUCGACCGAGCAAGUUUUCUUCUGUUCUUCGAACAGACGGAUCUCACUAGCCUGCUGGUCCGGAAAUUCAAUGAAAGAAUCAGAGCACCUACCGAUGGCGAAGCUUUGAUAUUUUCGUCCCUUCUCGUUCACCGCUUGCACCUUCUCUCUCUCAUUUAUAGGCUUCGCCUGCGAGGAAAAUUUUAAUGGUUUCGAUCAUACCCCUUGCCUCUUCUUGGUAUUGCUCUUGCACAAGAGGAGCAUUGAAUCAAUUCUAAGACCAUGUUGACUUCCCCUUCUCCUCCACCUCCUCCACCUCCU